AUGGCCGACAACGUGAGCUCCAGAAUCGACACCCCAACCAACAUCUCUCUGAAUCCCAGCGACGCCGUCUCUGAGUCGCUGGAGUACAAGACGGUGUCAGUGUUCCUGGUCCUGCUGGUGUGUGGUGUGGGAAUCGUGGGUAACAUCAUGGUGGUCCUCGUUGUCCUCACCACACGCCACAUGAGGACACCCACCAACUGUUACCUUGUCAGCCUGGCCAUAGCCGACCUGACAGUGCUGGUGGCGGCGGGGCUGCCCAAUGUGUCGGAGAGUCUGACAGGCACAUGGAAAUUUGGCCACGCUGGCUGCCUUGGGAUCACCUACCUUCAGUACCUGGGCAUCAACGUGUCCUCCUGCUCCAUCACCGCCUUCACCGUGGAGAGGUACAUAGCUAUCUGCCAUCCUAUGAAGGCUCAGACAGUGUGCACAGUGUCCCGGGCCAAGCGGAUCAUUGCCGGGGUUUGGAUCUUCACCUGUGUCUACUGCAUGCUGUGGUUUUUCCUGGUGGACAUUCAGGCCAGCCAGGACGGACAUGUGCAAUGUGGCUACAAAGUGAAACGGGAGCUCUACCUGCCCAUCUACCUCAUCGACUUUGCCAUUUUCUACGUCAUCCCGCUGCUCCUCGCCAUCGUGCUGUAUGGCUUGAUAGCACGGAUUCUCUACCUCAGCCCUCUGCCCAACCGUCCUGACACCAGCGCCACCACGUUGCGUCGGAGCUGCCGCGAAGCCUCUGAAGCGGGAAAGGGGGGUCGCCAGGGCCGGUCAAAGAGUGCGCUCUCCUCCAGGAAACAGGUGACAAAGAUGCUGGCAGUAGUGGUGAUCCUUUUUGCUCUACUGUGGAUGCCCUACCGGACUUUAGUUUUGAUCAACUCUUUUGUGUCCACACCCUAUCUGGAUGCCUGGUUCAUCCUGUUUUGUCGGACGUGCAUCUAUGCCAACAGCGCUAUAAAUCCUGUGAUAUACAAUGCCAUGUCUCAGAAAUUUCGCUCAGCAUUUCGCGGGCUUUACCGCUGCCAGCGGCCAGAGGGAAAUCCGAGGACGCUAUCGAUGAUCCAGACCGGCUUCUUCACUGUCCGAGACCUCCGAGUAUCGCAGACCGAUGGCAAUGGAACCAAUGAAAAGGCAAGGAGAGACUUCCUGAUCCCGGUCACUGAUAUGACUGCAAAGCAGAAUGGAGGCGGCCAUCAGGACACAGCAACAGUCAAUGGCAAGAAAGCAGACCAUUCUAUUGACAUCAGUCCAGCUACUUUCAGCUUUGGUAUGGGUCCAACUGAGACGACCCUAUCUGGUGAUGAGGAGUUGGUUUGGCAUUCAUUAAAUGAUACUACAGUUAAUUUAGCAGAAAGACAUGCAAACGAUCAGCAGGAAAACAUGCAAGUGUCCAAAUUAGCAAUGAAUUUGUAAGUACCACUUAAAUCUAAUGAGAAAAAAUAAUAUACCGUAUAUAUAUGUUUAUAUUCAAUUGAGCCGUGGAUUACUCAUGGAUAGGUUGCGUUUUUAGGUAAAGACAAAAAAGAGACAAAACCUGUGACUUGCAUUAAUUUCAUGUCUUAAAAGUGGUAUGUUUCGCCUCUGAAGUCACAUUUAAAGAGAUGAAUGUUGAUUAGUAAGUGGCAUUCACACCGGCAAAGUUAUACUGUGGUUGGAAAACAUUGUUAAAAUGUCAGCUCAUAAAUUAAUUAGAGUUUGUAGAAGAGAGGCUGCAUAUGUUUCACUUAAAGCAGUUUUUACUGUCAGAAAAUACCCAAUGAACUGCUUCUUUUAAUACAUUUCCACAAAUCUGUUUCACCUAGUGAUGUAAUGAAGGUCAGUUAUUAUGAAUUCAAGGACAAACAAGACUGCAUUUACUGCAAUUUAAAGACUUUGUCUUAUCCAAUACCUUGCAAAGAAGAAUUUAACAUGACACACUUCUGUGUAUAAAAAGGAAGACAUAAUGUUCUUUCUAACACACUAAUCAUUUAUUCACAUUCCUGUACAUAGUCUCAUAAACAAUCCAAGGUUUGUCUGCUGAUUUAACCUGACGACCUCUUGUUGGCCCAAAGAUAGCGUUAGAUGUUAGCACAAAGUCAGCUUUAAUGUAUGUAGAGAACAUGGACACACUGCCUGGUGUCCUGCUGUUUGUUUGCUCCUUUGUAUGGAUGAACCUGUGAUGUGUAUCAGUUUGAUAUUUUUUAGACUUGGGGCGGGUGAAGUGGUAUUCGGUAUUGACUUUUUUACCCAGGGAGGUAUUAAGCUACUUAUAGAUUAAAAUCUUUAUGGCAAUUAUUUGCUUCCAUAAACUUGUCCCAUAAGUCAGUUCAUCUUUUAACUGAUGAGAACACUGACGUCAUGUGUUCCAGCAGGCUCUAUCAUGCUAAUACUUUAGCAUCAUAGCAUACACAUGUGCAUCAUAUACUAUACAAUGUAUUGAGUGAUAUUAGCUUGGUGACAUACGAAUAUGAGAAAUUGAGUGCAAAUAACUUUCCCCAUGAGAGACUGUAUGAGUCUUUAUUAGCUAAAGGGAUCUUUUAGAAUCUAGUUUUUAUCUAGUUAUCAAACACUCUGAAGCUAUAAAAUAUAUUUCCAAGGGGGAAUUAAGGAAACUUUAAAUAGUCUUUACAAAUUAAACUCUUGAACAUACAAAAAGUAAAUAUUGCCAACUGUUCUUGUUUCUUUCUCUUUCAUUAUAGUUUACUGUAAAUGAUGAUGUACAGUGCUGUAAGUGAUUUGUAAGCUAAUAUUGGAUUGUUUUUCUGAACUGCUCUGCAUGUCUACACUGAUCCUGCCGGAUCUAGUUGGCUCUUUGAUGUAAUUUGUACACACAAUGUAUUUGAGUUUUCAUGCUCCAAAAAAUUGUGUUUUUUAAAUUAUUGAGUAAACAGAAUUUCUUCUUGUUUACAGGAUAUUUGAGCUUUUUCAAAAUGUUCUCUGUGUAUUUGGCACUGCUGAUGUUUAAUGAAAAUAAUAACCUAAAACAUUUGCAUACCUAUUCAAACUUAAAGCAACAUGUAAUAGUUGUUGGUCCCCUUCGGAUGGAUGCUUCAUAGAAUUGAGUGGUAGUGCAGAGUUUGGUAUCAUUCACUUCUAGCAACCUCUUUUCCCAUUACACAUAAUUUAAAGUUCACACCAGAAGGACAGUAAUUGUUUUUCUCACAAAACUGCACUAGUGAUGAUAGAUUGUUAAAGAGGAAUUGCUUUGAUGACAAUAUGUUUAUCUACAAACUUUUGUUUGCCUCAGCCAUCAUUCUCCUACUACAUUCCCUUUAUGCCCAACCUGUCCUUGACAUUCAAGUGCUAUAGAUUAGGACUGAAAGAGGGUGGAAGGCAAUCUCAAUAGCAUAUUAUAUAUUUGCAAAAUAUACAACUUUGUUUUAUGGACAGAGUUUCAGAAUGAGUUCAGAUUUGGGGAACUCCCUAUUGUCCGAUAAUGUAAUGCUUUUCUGAAAAUGUAAUAACAUUUGCACUCAACCUAAACGAAAAUGUAAUAGAACCAGAUUAUGUAAUAACUUCACCACUAAUGUAAAAAAUGUCUUUACUGAUAUUGAAAUACCAUUUUUACUGAUAAUGUAAUGCCUUCAGAUCACUUCUUUAUUUUAUACUGAUGAUGUAUUCAUUUUGACAGAUAAUGUAAAAAAGUAUGCUUUCUACAAGUAUACAACAAAUCUAAUACUGUUAUUGUCAUGUUAGUGACACUGAUUUCAUGUUUGGAAAUGUAAACUCUAGGCUUUACAUCAAAACUACAUCAUCAGGCUGAUAAAGCUAUUACAUUAUCAGUAAAAAUGUUAUUACAAUGUCAGUCAGGACAUUUGAUCACAUUAUUGGUCAAGUUAUUACAUCAUUGGGACACACACACCCACACACCCACACAGUGUGGAGCAAGUCAUUUGGUGAUGUUUUUAUUAUAAUGUUUUAGUGAAAAGAACACAUUGUCUUGAACUGUAUGUGUAUUGGCAGUUUAAUUGAUGGAGCUUAAAAUCUUUAUUCGUUAUGUCUAUAUAUUUCUUGGUGUGUGUGCGCGGGCGGACGCCGAGGCUGACGCGGACGCGCGCCCUGGAGAGCUGCUUGUUAGAUGUGUUUUAAAUGUUCUUUAAUCACAGAAUUUCAAAUGUAUUGAUUUUUUAAAGUGACUUUUUCUGUAUUGUUGCAUCAAGAUGGUGUUUUAUUGUUUUGAGAAAUAUGCAAUGCACUCUGGUAAUUAGCUGUGAUUUCAUAGUAUGCAUGUGCAGUACAGCUUUCUUUCUCAAUAAAACACAUUUGUUGAAGCAUCUCUGUCACAACUCUUUUAAAUUAACUUUGAUUACUUCUACUACUGUUAUUUUUUUUAUUAUUAUUCUUUUCGAACACAGAAAA